UGCCACGGCGUGUCAGUUCCUCCCACUUCCACGUCUACUCUCAAUUGCGUCGGAGCCGCUCCUUCCAUCAAAACCCUCCUCUCCCACCUUCCUGCAUUACCACUGCUAUUCUCAUUCAAACAACAACCACAACAACAACUACAACGAAACACUGCUCCUACUCUCCAUUUUCUACUACUCCCUGCAACUACAAUGACAAAGAUACACGUGUACGUCUUGGAAGCGAGGGACCUACCUCCAUCCGACGGUGGGCGUACUGAUUCCUACGUGAAGCUUCGGUUGGGAAAGUACGAGGCAAGGACUAGGGUCGUCAGGAAGACAUCCAAUCCCAUUUGGAAUGAGGAAUUCAUUUUCAGAGUCGACGAUCAAGAUGAUCUUAUCGUCAUAUCUGUCUACAUCGACGGUCCGGAUCAUCACCAUCAUCAUCUUGAUGGACGGUUCUUCAAUGGGAGGGCGUCCUGUUUCGUUGGUCAGGUUCGGAUUCCCAUCUCGACGGUGCUUGCAGAAGAGAAGCAGAUGGUUCCGCCCACCUGGUUUUCUCUCUGUCCGAAGCAUGGAAAAUCCAACAAGACCAACAAGGACACUGGGAAGAUUUUUCUUACCAUGUCCUUAUAUGGGAGAAAUAAUGAUGAUGGUAUCAUCCAUUGUUCUCCUACUUGCGUGAGACUCACUGACAAUGUCAACUCAGAAGAAAUGGAAAACCCAAAAGAAGCAUCUCAUGAAAUUCUGAGUCACACAACUCCUGAUGCAAAGAUGAACUUGGAAAAAUCAGCACCUGUCCCACAGGAAAAACAGUCAGUGCAGGCACUUGCGGGCCGUUUAAUGCAGAAACUUCUUACUAAGAAUGGGGAAUCCUACACAAGUGUUUCGAGUAAUCAUGAUUCAUCUGAGUUUGGCAAUACACUCUCUGAUUGUGGGAAUAACACAAGUGAACCUUCUGCUAGCUGCACCUUUGAAGAAGCCAUGGAAAGAAUGCGGUCAGAAGAUGAAGAGCAUGAUGAGAUGCCAGAAGAUCUACAAGGGGGUAUCCUUGUUGAUCAGACAUAUAUGAUUUCAUCCAAAGAUUUGAACACAUUUCUUUUUGCACCCAAUUCACAGUUCAGGAAAGAUCUGGCACAAGUGCAGGGAACCAUGGACAUGCAAGAAGGUUCAUGGACAUGGGAAUGCGGCGAGAUUUUACGUUUAAGAAGAGUUGUUACCUACACAAAGGCUGCAACAAAGUUAGUGAAGGCUGUGAAAGCUGUGGAGGAGCAAUCCUAUCUAAAAGCAGAUGGGAAGGAGUUUGCAGUCUUGAUGAGUGUGAGCACACCUGAUGUCCCAUAUGGCAACUGUUUCAAGAUCGAGCUGCUCUACAAGAUAAUGCCUGGGCCAGAAUUGUCUUCAGGAGAAGAGUCCUCCCGUCUCAUAAUAUCUUGGAACAUAAACUUCUUUCAGAGCACGGUUAUGAAAGGAAUGAUUGAAGGAGGGGCUCGGCAGGGACUCAAGGAAAGCUAUGAACAAUUUGCUAACUUGUUAGCUCAGAAUAUUAAACCAGUGGAUCCUGCAGAGCUCCUGUUUGAUAAGAAGCAGGCACUGGCAUCAUUGCAAAUGGAGCACCAGUCAGACUGGGAAUUGGCAGUGGAGUACUUUUGGAAUGUGACUGUGGUUUCUACCAUUUUCAUGGGCUUGUAUGUUCUAGUGCACAUUCUCCUAUCAGGUCCUAGCACACGUCAGGGGCUGGAAUUUAAUGGUCUUGAUUUGCCUGACACCCUUGGGGAGUUGGUCUCCUGUGGAAUUUUGGUUCUUCAAGGACAAUGCAUAUUUAAUAUGAUUUCUCAUUUUCUACAGGCUAGACUGCAAAGAGGUAGUGAUCAUGGAGUCAAAGCACAAGGUGAUGGAUGGUUACUUACAGUGGCUUUAAUUGAAGGAGAGAAUUUUGCGUCUGUAGAUUCAGAUGGGCUUUCAGACCCUUAUGUGGUUUUCACAUGCAAUGGCAAAACUAGAACAAGCUCUGUCAAGCUUCAAACUCGCAAUCCUCAAUGGAAUGAAAUACUGGAGUUUGAUGCAAUGGAAGAGCCGCCAUCUGUCUUGGAUGUGGAAGCUUUUGAUUUUGAUGGUCCAUUUUAUCAGGCUGGCUCUCUUGGGCAUGCUGAGAUCAAUUUUCUAAAACACACAUCUGCAGAACUGGCAGAUAUAUGGGUUCCCCUUGAAGGCAAACUGGCACAAGUAUCUCAGACGAAGCUGCACUUACGAAUUUUCCUAGACAAUAGUAAAGGAGCUGAAACUAUUAGAGAGUACUUAAUGAAGAUGGAGAAGGAAGUUGGAAAGAAGCUAAACCUUCAGUCGCCUCAGAGGAAUUUGACGUUUCAGAAGCUGUUUGGGUUGCCACCAGACGAAUUUCUCAUCAAUGAUUUUUCAUGCUACUUGAAGCGCAAGUUACCUUUGCAGGGCCGGCUUUUCCUCUCUGCAAGAAUAAUUGGUUUCUAUGCUAAUUUAUUUUGGCAUAAAACCAAAUUCUUUUUUCUGUGGGAGGACAUUGAAGAUAUUCAAGUGAUUCCUCCAUCCCUUGCGUCAGUGGGUAGUCCAUCACUCAUCAUUAUUCUUCGCGAGGGCCGUGGAUUUGAUGCUAGGCAUGGUGCCAAGACUCAAGAUGAACAAGGCAGGCUGAGAUUUCACUUUCAGUCAUUUGGGUCAUUCAGUGUAGCCAGCAGGACGAUCAUGGCCUUAUGGCGAACAAGAACCCUGACCCCUGACCAGAAGGCGCCAAUAACUGAUGAUCAACAGGAUCAGGAUGAACAGAUUGAAGAUACUGGAUCCUUUCCGGGCAUUGAAGAUUCAAAAAUGUCCAAGGUUUACUCUGCUCAACUUCCUGUUAGUAUGAACUCAUUGAUGGAAAUUUUUGAUGGAGGUCCCUUUGACCGGAAAAUAAUGGGAAAAGUUGGUUGUCUUAACUAUAAUGUAACACCAUGGGAAGCUGUAAGUCCUGAUGUAUAUGAACGGCACAUCUCUUACAAGUUCUACCGUUACAUCUCAAUUUUUGGAGGAGAUGUAACAAGCACGCAGAAAAAGGCUCCUCUAACAGAUGGCAAUGGGUGGAUUGUAGAUGAGGUCAUGACUCUCCAUGAUGUCCCUUUUGGCGACCAUUUUCGUGUCCAUUUGAGGUAUCAGAUUGAGGCCGCCCAUGAUUCUGUCCCUCAAGUAUGCCAGUGCCAAGUUUAUGUAGGAAUUGUAUGGCUGAAAAGCACUAAGUUCCAGAAAAGGAUCACUAGGAACAUAUCCGACAAGUUCACACAUCAUUUGAAGGAAAUAUUCGAACUGUCAGAAAGGGAAAUUCUUUUGGCGAACCCAAGAGGUAAUGCCAUUUGAAGAAUGCAUGGAUAUGGGUUUCAAUGCUUAGUGAUUAUAAGUUUAUAACUGUGUUUGAUGGAUAAAAAGGAGCUUUGUAGCGUUUUCCCACAGCAUCAGUUGAGACCUUUCUUUCUCCACUGGUUAUCUCAAAUCCAACUAAUUCUGUUUCUCAGUGCUCUGCAGGAAGGUGAUGAUGGAAAUUAUUAUGUAUUGACUAAAAUAGCUGCUGUUUUCUUCUUGUAAUUUUGUGCAGGUCCCUCCUGUGAUCAAGGAUGAUUCAGACGUGCAGAUGUGUAGAUAAAAUGAUGUUAUCAUUGCCAAACAAAGAAUGGGGGUGAGUGAUUUUCAAUCCCUUGAUACAGAACAGCGAAAAUGGUGAGUUAAGUUAUUAAUGACUCAAUCCAAAGCCGAUGGCUCUUGGAAAUUAACAAUUACAAGUGUUUUCGUAACUUUGUAUAUGGAACCUAUUAGAUGAUAUUGGAACUAAAACAGCUUCUUCCUCGGCAAUUGAACGACGUGAUAAAUCAAAAUCAUCAUUAUCCUACAAUA